CAGGCUCUUCCUCCCCCCUUCCCCAGAUCUCCUCGCCGACGCCCACCCUCCCCGCGGCACUCUUCCGAAUCAUCCUCACCCCGGUCGCCAUGCCUUUUUGUGCGGGCAAGAAUCUUGCCCCCUGCCCUCGCUUACACACUUCGCGAAUUUCCCUAUUGUCACUCUACCCCGUUACCACCUCCUCUGCCCCAUUUGACAAAGAUCGCUGGGUGGAUAUUCCGCGAUUCGGGAGAGCCCCAGGCGCCGGAGGGAGCCGCAACCAUGGACCUCCCCGGCGCAUGCCUGGCCCGCCCCGGUCCAGUCCGCCAGGGCCCGCAACAGGCCGGGUUCGACGACUACUUUGGCCGCCGCUCCGACUCGGAGUCUGAAGAUCGACUAGCCUCCAAGUCAUCCUCCGAUAUCCUAUCCUCAGCCUUCCGUGGCAUCAAGAGGAUCGCGCCCGGAAGACCACCCAAGCUUUCCCUGCGCCGACCCCCCGAGUCGCACGUGCCCUCCUCGCUCGAGAGCUCCCCGAUCUCCGCCCCUCUCCUCUCCAGAGGCACUCGCACGCCUCUGCCACAACAUGCACGGAGCCUAAGCCUGCAGGAUAGUCUCGCAAAGCCACUACCCGAACGACCACCGCCGCAGCUUUCUCCAGCCAGCCCCUUGACUCCUCUGGCCCCCCAGCAGUCAAGUUUGGCUACGAUUCUCGACACCGAAACCGACGAAGAGGACAGCCGACUCGACACCAUGGAGUCGGCAUCGUCCAUGGAUAUGGGUGGCGGGUUGUAUGCCCGAGGGCAGGCCGGCCACGGUCACGACUCGAGCAUGAACAGUAGCCAGAGCAGCCUGGCGAGCUCGUCCCGACACGACGGACAAGAUGACCGGAAGGACAAUUUGACGCCGAAGAGCACUGGCCCGUUAUCAGCUGGACCGUCGCCUAAUCUGGGUCAGUCGAGAACCCAAACCGGGGGUCCUGCUGUCGGAACCGCAACUCCGUCGGCACAUUUGUCCGGGUUGAUGUGCAACGUGCACAGGACAACAGGGAAAGAACCACACCCGCUCGUUGGAGCCACGACCACUAUCGUGGGAGACAAGUUGUACGUGUUUGGAGGAAGGAUAUUAUCCAGGAGCAGGCCAGCGCCCUUGACCGCGGAUCUAUACGAGCUCGACUUGAUUCGCCGACACUGGACGAAACUGGAGACUUCGGGCGACAUCCCCCCGCCACGAUACUUCCAUUCCAUGUGCGCACUUGGCGAUACGAAACUUGUUUGCUACGGCGGGAUGUCGCCGACAACGAACCAGAAAAACAUACCACAAGACCAGCAACCCGAGGUCACCGUCAUGUCAGAUAUCUACAUUUAUGACGUGCCGACUAAGAAAUGGACCUUUAUCCCGACACAAGACGCUCCACAAGGUCGCUACGCGCAUUGCGCGUGCAUCCUCCCAUCCUCGGCAGCAUUCGUCUCGCACAGGGCCCCUCUUUCGGCAUUACAACACAACCCCUCUACUGGCAGCGCGAACGAAGGGCGGAUCGGGAUUAAUAUCGACGGCUCUGGCGGCAGUGAGAUGAUCGUGGUCGGCGGACAGGAUGCGUCGAAUCACUACAUUGAGCAGAUCAGUGUCUUCAACCUGCGCAGCUUGAAAUGGGUCUCAACACAGGCACUAGGCAAGAGCUGCGGUGCCUAUCGCAGCGUUGUGGCGCCACUCCCUCCUUCCGUUACCUCGAAACUCGGCAAGGCAUUCCCGGGCGGCACACGACACGAGGUCGGUGGAAUUAGCCAGGAGGCGAGAGAGCCUGGAUCCAGCAUGCUUAUUUAUAGCAAUUACAACUUUUUGGACGUCAAACUGGAGUUGCAGAUCAGAUCACCCGAUGGCCACCUGAGCGAACGAGCCAUGAGCGGCACAUACAGCCCGCCAGGAUUGCGGUUCCCCAACGGCGGAGUCAUCGACACGCAUUUUGUCGUCAGCGGCACCUAUCUCACAUCGUCAAAACAGGAAUAUGCCCUCUGGGCGCUGGAUUUGCGAACCCUGACCUGGAGCCGCAUUGAUGCUGGCGGCGCUGUCUUCAGCCAGGGUAGCUGGAACCGCGGCGUGCUGUGGAACAGGCGAAACACGUUCGUCGUGCUAGGCAACAGGAAGCGGAGCCUCGUGGAUGACUAUAAUCAUCGCAGGAUCAACUUCAGCAAUGUCUGCAUGGUCGAGCUGGAGGCCUUUGGCUUCUAUGACAACCCCCGGAAGGUGGCCCCUAUGAGUGGCUUUGUUAGCGCCAGCAGCCCCUAUACUGGGCCCGGUUUGAGUCUGGCCCGCAAAGCCGGUUUCACCGCCGGCGGCAGGACUCAUAACCGCGCUGCCGAAGAGCUGGGCGAGAAGGCCCUCGCGUUGAGAGAACUCGCGGACAUGGAUAUUCUCUGCAUCGGUGGCGAGCGGAUACCAAUCAACUCGAGAAUCGUGGCGAGGAGAUGGGGUCCAUACUUUGUCCAGCUGCUUAGAGAGGGCACGGCAACGCAGGACGGCAGUGAUGCAGCGACCCUGCGGUCAAAUUCGGUGUCCGCACCCAGCAACUCGAUCCGGAGCUCCAACCUCACCAUCACCCCGGGGAACAUGAGCUCUAUGAGCGGCAGCACCCUGUAUUCGACGGGUGGCAUGAGCAGGGGUGGAAACGCCAGCACGUCGCCAGGACCGGUCGACCCCGCCGCCAUCAACACGGCCCCCACACCACGAACCCUCCCGCCAAACAGCCGGCCACGGUGCCUCUACCUCCCGCACACCUAUCUCACCCUCCAAGCCCUCUUACACUUUCUCUACACCUCCACCCUCCCGUCGCCCUCCUCGCCGCUCUGCACCCCGCAGAUCCUCUGCAGCCUCCUCCAGAUCGCCUGCCCCUACCGCGUCGACGGUCUCCUCGAAGCCGUCAUCGAGCGCCUACACGGGCUCCUCGACAGCCGCAACGCCGCCGCCGUCUUCAACGCCACCGCCAUGGCGGCCGGCGGCGGUCGCGGCAUCGACGGCACCCUCAACCCCAACUUCUUCCCCCUCGCCACCAGCGCCCUCGACGCCCUCGCCGGCUACACCAUGGACACCGGUAACUCCCAACAAAACCAACACACCAACGGCGGCGCCAGCAGCGUCGCCAGCUCGGACGCCGGCGGUGGUGGUCCCCGCAGCGGCGGCCUAUCCAUCAGCACGGCCGUGCCUGGCGCGCCGCCGAGUAGUGACGAGCUGAGCGCUACGACGAGUGUCAGCGGGAGCGAGUGGAGCACGUCUGAGGUCGGGGACACUUUUGAGCUUCCUAAGCUUCGUUAAGGGGGUUAUGGUUAGAGCCUCUCUGGUGGUGGUGAAUUGAGUUGGGUAUGGUACUGUACCUAUGGUUAUCUGCUUCUUGGGUGUGGGAGAUGUUUUGUAUGUUUGUAGAGGGGGGCUUUGUUGUGUUUGUAGAAGUGGGUGUGUUUUUGCUGGGAAUGAUGGGAUGAACACGGUCAUGUGUGGGUGGGUUGGGUUGGGCAUAUGCAUAUGGUAGUUGGAUAUCGGGCUUUUGUGUUGUUGCAUAUCAGUUGGAAAUGAUAGGAGAUGUUGGAUAUGUUGGAUAUGUUGACGUUGUUGGAAGACGUUGAAAGAUGUUGAAUAUAGGGAAACAGUUCACACUUCACAUCCUUGUGCGUGCUG